GACGGGAGUCGGCGGAUGCAAGGGCUGGCGCAGCUGCCGCUGUGGCAGCGGUGAGGCGGCGGUGGCGGCUGCAGUGUCUCCGCUGUCGGGAUAUUGGCAGCGGCAGCUGCGGACCGAGCUGCACUGUGCAGAUCCGGUGCACGGUGCGGGAUCCCGGGACAGCGCGUAAGAUGCCUCUGAUGGAGCAGGCUUUGAGAAGCAUCUCUGGCACCGUGGCUUUGAACAGGAGCGCAACCCGGAGACCGUUUAAAGCCCUGGCCAUUGCAUCCUGAGGACCACAGGACAGGGACAUGGCUGUGAUCUUAGAUGACGAUGUGCCACUCAUCCUGACCUUGGACGAGGGUGAAAGUGCUCCCCAGGCUCCUUCCAACAGCCUGGGCCAUGAGGAGCUGCCCAGCAAAAAUGGGGGCAGCCACAGCAUCCAGGACUCCCAGGUUCCCAGUCUGGUCUCCAGGACCGACAGUUCCCCCUCCAGUCCCACCAGACACAACUGGGAGAUGAAUUAUCAAGAGGCGGCAAUCUACCUCCAGGAAGGCCAGAACAAUGACAAGUUCUUCACCCACCCCAAGGAUGCCAGAGCACUGGCCGCCUACCUCUUCGCACACAACCACCUCUUCUACCUGAUGGAGCUGCUCACGGCCCUGCUGCUGCUGCUGCUGUCGCUGUGCGAGUCACCCGCCGUCCCCGCGCUCAGGCUCGGCAUUUACGUCCAUGCCACCCUGGAGCUGUUCGCCCUCAUGGUGGUGGUGUUUGAGCUCUGCAUGAAGCUGCGGUGGCUGGGCUUCCACACAUUCGUCCGGCACAAACGCACCAUGCUCAAGACGUCUGUCCUGGUGGUACAGUUCAUCGAAGCUAUUGUGGUGCUGGUGCGGCAGACCUCCCACAUGCGGGUGACCCGGGCACUACGCUGCAUUUUCCUGGUGGACUGUCGGUACUGUGGCGGCGUGCGGCGCAACCUGCGGCAGAUCUUCCAGUCCCUGCCGCCCUUCAUGGACAUCCUUUUGUUGCUGCUUUUCUUCAUGAUCAUCUUUGCUAUCCUGGGUUUCUACUUAUUCUCCACUAACCCUUCCGACCCAUACUUCAACACCUUGGAGAACAGCAUCGUCAACCUGUUCGUUCUUCUGACCACAGCCAACUUUCCAGACGUGAUGAUGCCCUCCUACUCCCGGAGCUCCUGGUCCUGCAUCUUCUUCAUCGUGUACCUCUCCAUUGAGCUGUACUUCAUCAUGAACUUGCUCCUGGCUGUGGUGUUCGACACCUUCAACGACAUCGAAAAGCGCAAGUUCAAGUCUUUGCUGCUGCAUAAGCGAUCCGCCAUCCAGCACGCCUACGGCCUGCUCGCCAGCCAUCGGAGGCCGGCCGGCAUCUCCUAUAGACAGUUCGAAGGUCUGAUGCGCUUCUACAAGCCCCGGAUGAGUGCUAGGGAGCGCUUCCUGACUUUCAAGGCCCUGAAUCAGAGCAACACACCACUGCUCAGCCUGAAGGACUUCUAUGAUAUUUACGAAGUUGCUGCUCUGCAGUGGAAGGCAAAGAAGAACAGACAGCAUUGGUUUGAUGAGCUUCCCCGGACAGCCUUCCUCAUCUUUAAAGGCAUUAACAUCCUUGUAAAGUCGAAGGCCUUCCAGUAUUUCAUGUACUUGGUGGUAGCUAUCAACGGGGUGUGGAUCCUGGUGGAGACAUUCAUGUUGAAAGGAGGGAAUUUCAUCUCGAGGCAUGUGCCCUGGAGUUACCUUGUGUUUCUUACCAUCUAUGGAGUUGAACUGUUCAUGAAGGUGGCUGGCCUGGGCCCUGUGGAGUACCUGUCCUCUGGAUGGAACUUGUUCGAUUUCUCAGUCACAGCUUUUGCCUUCCUGGGACUGCUCGCACUGACACUCAACAUGGAGCCCUUCUAUUUCAUUGUGGUCCUGCGCCCCCUUCAGCUGCUGAGGUUAUUUAAGCUGAAGAAACGCUACCGCAACGUGUUGGACACCAUGUUCGAGCUGCUGCCGCGAAUGGCCAGCCUCGGCCUCACACUGCUCAUCUUCUACUAUUCCUUCGCCAUCGUGGGCAUGGAGUUCUUCAAUGGGCGACUGUACCGCAACUGCUGCAACUCCAGCACGGUGGCUGACGCCUACCGAUUUAUCAACCACACAGUGGGCAAUAAGACCAAGAUAGAGGACGGCUACUACUAUCUCAAUAACUUUGACAACAUCCUCAACAGCUUCGUGACCCUGUUUGAGCUCACGGUUGUCAACAACUGGUACAUCAUCAUGGAAGGUGUCACCUCGCAGACCUCCCAUUGGAGCCGCCUGUACUUCAUGACCUUCUAUAUCGUGACCAUGGUGGUAAUGACCAUUAUCGUGGCCUUCAUCUUGGAGGCCUUCGUCUUCCGCAUGAACUACAGCCGGAAGAGCCAGGACUCGGAAGUGGACAGCGGCAUCGUCAUCGAGAAGGAAAUAUCCAAGGAGGAGCUUCUGGCUAUCUUGGAGCUUUAUCGUGAGGUACGAGGUGCCUCCUCUGACGUCACCCGGCUGCUUGACACCCUCUCUCAGAUGGAGAAAUACCAGCAAAAUUCUUUGGUGUUUCUGGGCCGGAGGUCGAGAACCAAAAGUGACCUGAGCUUGAAGAUGUACCAGGAGGAGAUCCAGGAAUGGUAUGAGGAGCAUGCCCGGGAACAGGAGAUGCAGCAGCAGCAACUUAAGGGCAACAUGCCUGGCCCGACAGCCCAGCAGCCUCCUGGUAGCCGCCAGCGCUCCCAGACCGUCACCUAGCCGGGUCUGGUCAAGCCAGCUCUUCUAUGCAAUAACACCAUAGUAUUAUGUACUACAAUGUAUGGAAACCAUGUGUGUAUGCAGACACACUCAUAUAUAUGCACAUAUUAACAGAGACAGAAAAGGACUAGCCAGGGCCGGUUUGAACCGCCUUGCGCUGUCUUCCUGAGCUUCAGAAGUUGGCUUGGGCUAGAGGACCAUGCCUGGCUGAGCUCUUCCUACCAUGGAAAUCUCUGGAAGCCCUCUUCCCAAGAAGCUCCUCAGACAGGCUGUGCCAUCUCGGCGAUGCCCGUGUUCCCCUGGGGUGGGCACACAGGUGGGACCCCCUGCUGCCCCCUGCAGUGACCUCACCUCACCAGCCCCCGCACCCAUCACAGGUUGUCUGUGUCUGGCAUUAGGGGCAAAACCGCUACGAAGAAACGCCACAUCCUACGGGAUGGUGUCUGUAGACGAUGAAAGUGUUAGAAAGUUCCCCGUGGGAUUCAGUGCCUGGGAUCCUGUGGGAAGCCCGAGGGAGGCCAGACACGUCUAGUAAGGUCUCUGCUAGACAAGAGAUGGCGCCAGUCUCGUACACUUCUCUCGAGUCCACCCCUUUGCUGAAAUCCUGGGGAAGCUAGGCCCAGCAGGAGGGAGCCAACGGGAGGCCCCAGGAAUUUGGCCGGGGUACACUGCAUCCCUUCUGGGGGUCACCGCCUUAGCAGAGUUCAUUUGAGCCGGUGCUGAGGCCAGUCCCCACCCUAUCCCCCUCCUCCAGUAGAUACUGUGGCUGGGAAGGGAAGGACAGCACAGGGACAAUGGCUGCCCACCCCGCCAUCCCUGGCACCACAUCCACACCAUGGACUCUGAGGCCCCAUGAGGACUGACCUCCCCAAUGUUCACAUAAGCUAGGCCGGUGUGGGAGGGGAGGGAGGCAGGCAAGCAUUCAGGGCCUCCUGGGAGUCCUCAACAAGGUGGUGAUUGGAUAGUGAGGGAACAGUGUCAGGGACGGAGCUGUGGCCCUUCAUCCCACUGUAGUGCCCAGCAAGGGGGAGGUGCACAGGCAGGCAGGCCUCGGGAGAACUGGGGAAGCUUCUCCAGUCUCCGUCCAUCCUUCUAGGCCUGUUGCUUCUUGGCACUCAGAGUGGACGGGGAUGGGCCCCUUCAUGUUCUCUAGGCUGCAGAAGAGGACAGAGCUGGGCCCAGCACGUCAUUCAGCUGAUCCUGGGGCCAAGCUGGAACACGAGUGUGGGUGUUUUCACUUUAAAUAAAGCACAGCCCCCUGGGAAAACCACUGGUGCCCACAGGCAGUCAGGAGACUGUAGCAUCCCUCUCACUUUGAAGGGCUCUUGGCCUCCACUGGCAUUCAGCCUGGACUCCCGGCCACAGCCCCUUCUCCAGAGUAGCAGCUUCAUUUGCACAGCUGGGUGCCUUAGCUUUUGUAUACAGGCAUUUUGGAAGCAAAAAGGGGAGGCUUCUACAGAGGGCCUGGUGCCUUGGAGCAUCCAGCCUGGUCCUAGGCCUUUCCUCUACCCUAGGAAUUGACAGUACCCCUUAGCUUAGGGGGCCAGGGCACAAGUUGGGGGACUGAUCUUGGGCUUAUUAUGGAGGUACUAAAACCUGGGUUUAGCACAUACCAGCCAGGUGCCAGGAGGGAAUAGGGCUGGUAGGCCAAACUCCAGCCAGUCCUGUAGCCUGGGGACACCUAUCCUUACAGGGCUACCUUGGGCACACCAAGCUGACUCUCAAACAGGGGACAGGUGGAUGUCAUCCAGGCUGUGAGCUGAGGACCCUGGAACCCUGUCUAAGUCCAGCUGCCCCUUCCCUCAAUUCAGCUCAGUGGGGACUGGAGGCUCUGUGUCACAGCCCAGCAGGGGUACCUAUGAAUCCAUGCUUCCCCUCCCCCACCCCAGCCUUACUCCACACCAUGCAGACAAUCAUUUUGUAUGGAUCAAGGAGCCACGACAGAAGGUUUUAUACAAUGAUUUGUUACCUAGAAACCCACUGUGCCCAGAUUUCUGUUGUGUCAAUAAAGAGCCUCUGCUUUGUA